GUUUCCAUUUCCCGAACGCCGAGUCGAUCCGAAAUGGCCUCAUCCCUUCUUCGCUUCCCUCUACCCCGCCCUCACUCCUCUCUCCUUCUCUCCUCUUCCUCUAUCCCCCACAAGCUCUCCUCCCCUCUCCUCCUCCCCUUCUCCUCUCCAUCCUCAUCUUCCUCUCCUCGUCUCCUUCUCUCUAGCUACCAUCGCCUCUUCUCCUCGCUUUCCCAUUCGCCGCCGCCGCCUCCUCAUCCUCUCCACCUCCAGAGCGACCUCCGAGGUCAAGAUUCCGACUUCGAGGACCCAGAAGAAGAUGAUUCCCAUGAAGAAUCCGAACUCGAGAACGAGGCGGGGGAGGAUACGGGACCGGUCGUUGCCGUUCCGUUGCCGCGGUUGCCAUCGCCGAAGCUGAGCAUUAAGGAGAAGAAGGAGCUGGCAUCGUACGCCCACGGCCUGGGAAAGAAGCUCAAGUCCCAGCAGGUCGGUAAGUCGGGUGUGACUCCCUCCGUGGCCGCCGCCUUCGUCGAGACUCUGGAGGCCAAUGAGCUCCUCAAGCUAAAAGUACAUGGAAGCUGUCCAGGAGAGCUAAGUGAUGUGAUAAAACAACUUGAGCAGGCAACUGGAUCAGUUGUUGUGGGACAGAUUGGCCGUUCAGUCAUUCUCUAUAGGCCUAGCCUUAGCAAGAUGCAAAAGAAAGAAGCUCAGAAUACCAGGAAUACCUGGAAUGCAAAGUCUCCGAAACCCGUUGGCACCUCCAAAAUGCAAAGGAAACGGAAAGUGUUUGCUCGUAGCAGCAGAUAAAGCCAUGCCCCUUCUCUGAUGUAUCUGUUGGAGAGUUCAUCUGGCAGCACCAACCGUGUAAUUCACCAAAAUAUCUGUCGAAAACCAUGUCGCUAGCAAGUUUAUGUAUAUGCUUUCUGGUUGACACAGGAUGGAUAUGGGUUUGGAGACAGGAUGUGAGAGAAGUGAUGUGAACUUCAAAUGUAUGCAAUGGAUUGAGCAUAUUCUGUGUCUGCACCCUGGAGUGCUUAUCAAAACAUGAUUUUAAGCCUCCAUCCCUAUUCCGUAUUGAUCACAGAUAUGUACAACUUCUAUUUUUUUUUCUUUCUUUUUCCUCCUUUCUCUCAGCUUGGGGAGACUUUUGGAAAAUAGUCUUCACUUUGUCAAUGAGCAUGGUGUUCUUGAAUACAUAUUUUAGCUUA